AUGGCGCGUUUAGACCAGCUGCUUUCCGAAUUGCUUUUUCUCGUUGCAGAGGACUUGCCGAACGAGAAAGAUAUCAACUCUCUUACGCAAACCAACCGCAGUUUAUACCGCCGCCUUCAGGUUUUCUUAUGCCAACGCAAUAUUAAGUAUCAUCAAACCUCAGCUUUACUUUGGGCCGCGAGGAAUGGCUAUACUAAUCUGGCGGCAAUACUACUCAAUGCCGGUGGAAAUAUAGCUGGAUUUGAGACUACAGCAGAGACAAUUGGUCUCUCAAAAGACCCCCAAAACCCUUUGCUAUUUGCCGCUCAGGGAAGACAUAUACUCACCCUCAAAACUAUGCUUUCGGAAACACGACCUGGCCAGGCCUGUUCACCAGCUCAGCGACGUACAGCCCUUCACUGGGCUAUCCACUCUCGUGAUCACGAGCUUGUCGAGCUGAUGAUCGAUUAUAAGGCCCCCUUAGACCCAGCUGGAUAUGGGCCGUUCUCCGCCUUAGGUGCUGCUGUUGCCUCGGGUUACGACUCUAUAAUCCCCCGUCUUCUCAAGGAGGGGGCGCAACCAGGCUAUUGGGAAAACCCGUGCCCAAUCGCGAACGCCAUCUAUACCAAUCAGCGACAAGUCGUCGAGCUUCUACUGAAGCACGGCAUCCGGCUUGUUUCUGACGGGGCCCUGUGCGAUAUAGUCCGCCGAAAUGACAAGGACCUCUAUGAACUUUUGGUCAAAUAUAAUGCCUUAGAGGUAGAUGUUUUCGGCUCUCAGGCAUUGUUCAUGGCGAUCAUCCACGGGAAUUAUGAGAUGGUCGAAUCGCUAAUUGACAAGGGAGCGAACCCGCAUCUAUCAUGGCAAAUGAUAUAUCCUGGGUUAGACUCGUCAUUUUACGGAACCAUAGGGUUUGCCUUAUUCUUUGACCACUUCGAAAUUGCGAAACUUCUGCUAGCAAAGGGUGUACUUCCAGCUAGAGCAGACUUUGUUCUGGCGGCGGAGAGGGAUAAAUUUUCUCUGUCGGAAUUCUCCUAUGAAGAUCUGCCGCAGAAGAACGACGUGGUCAAUUACGUACGGUGGCAGAUAUCCGAGAGAUACAAGAAGGGUCUUGGGAUCAAUGUGAUGGAAGCUGUUCCGAUAAUAGAACAGACAUAUGACGACAGUCUCUAA